AUGGCAGAUUUAACGUAUAUUUGUAAAAGAAAGUUGUUAAAUAAAUUAUGGGAAGAGCUUCCAAAGAGUUGGAAGAUCUUAAUUGUUGAUAAAUAUGCAUUAAAAGUAAUAUCAUCAUUUUGUGGGAUGGAUGAUUUAUUAAAUGCAGAUAUUCUUGAUGUCAAUAAUUUGGAAAAGAAGCGAGAACCAUUUAUGUGUCCAGCAUUAUAUUUAAUAUCACCAACAAAAGAAUCAGUAGAUACUAUUAUUAAAGAAUUUGAAGAUGUUGCACAUCCACAAUAUUCUAGUGCAUAUGUAGGAUGUAUUAAUGCUAUAGAUAAAAGUAUGUUUGAUAAAUUGAAAGGGACACCAAGAAUUAAGGAAGUUCGAGUGAUUCCACUUGAUUUUUUAACUAUUGAACAACGAGUUUUUUCAUUAAAUAAUCCUAAUGCAUUUUAUUCAUUAUAUUCAAAAGAAAGUACAGUAGAAGAGAAAGAAAAAGAGAUAGAAAAGAUAGGGAAAAGUUUAUCAACAUUAUUAUAUUGUUUAAAUAUUAAUCCAGUUAUUAGAUAUAUAAAUAAACCUAAUGAAGAAAUAAGUGAAAAGAUAGUAGAAGCCGUUCAAAAAGGAUAUGGAGAAAUUUCAGGAUGUCCAGUUGUAGAAGCAUUUAAUCCAGCCGAAAAAACAACGAGACAUUUAAAUUUAAUAAUUGCGGAUAGAAUGUUUGAUUUAAUAACACCAUUAAUGACGGAAUUUACAUAUCAAGCAAUGGUAUAUGAUUGUCUUGAAGUUAAAAAAGAUAAAGUAGAAAUUGAGAGUAAAAGUGGGAAAAAAACGAUGGUAUUAGAAGAAAGUGAUAAAUUUUGGAGAAUUAUUAGACAUGAACAUAUAGCGAAUGCAUCACCAUAUGUUGUUAAAGAAUUUAAUAAAUUUAUUUCAGAACAUAAAGGAUUAAGUGGGAAUAAAGGAGCUAAAGAUAUGAAACAAAUGGGAGAAAUGAUGAAACAAUUACCAGAAUAUAUGGAUUUAAUGAGUAAAUUUAGUAAUCAUAUGGAAUUAAUUACACAAUGUUUUAAUCAAAUGAAAGAAAAGAAAUUAGAUGAAUUUGCAACAGGAGAACAAAUUAUGGGAACAGGAAGUGAUGUAGAUGGGAAAGAAAUUAAAAAAGCACUUCCAUAUAUUACAUCAGCGGUAGGGAAUAUUACAUUUCCUAUAGAUAGAAGACUUAGAGAAGUAUUAAUAUAUUUAAUUUCACAAGAAUAUAGUGAAGCUGAUAAAAAUGCAUUAAUUGGAACAUUAAGAGGGGAUGAAAGAAUUAAAAAGAUAAUAGAGAAUGGAAUGACAUUACCAAAAACAGAAAGAGAAAGAAAUAAAAGUAAAAAAAGUAGUAAAGAAGAGAAAGAAGAAUUUGAAUUAUCACGAUAUAAACCAUUUAUUAAAGAAAUUGUAGAAAGAAUGGCAAAUAAUGAAGUUCCAGAAUAUUGUAUUUUAAAUAAACUUGAUUUUGCAGGAUUUCCAGUUAAUAUUGAACAAAAAACAGGGAAUAUUACCGUUGCAGCUGGAAAGUCAUUAAAAAAACAAAAAGCAAAAGAAGUUACACAAGAAGGACAAUUAGGUACAAGUAAAACAGAUAAAGUUAGUGAAAAAGAAUUAUUAGGAAAUGAAUCGAAUAUUUUAGUUAUUUUUAUUACUGGAGCAAUUUCAUAUUCAGAAAUGCGAGUUGCUUAUGAAUUAUCAGAAAAAUUAAAAAUUAAUGUUUUUAUUGGAAGUAAUUAUAUUGCUACACAAAAUAAUUUUGUUACUUUAUUAGAAUCAUUAAGUAAUCCACCUAAUACUGAUAUUUCUUCUCAACUUCUUUAA